GCGCCCGGCUGCUCGCACCGCCCGGCUCCAUCGCCCUCGGAUACCCCACCGCCCUCGGGUACCCCACAGCCGCCGCCAUGUCCUCCGGGGCCAGCGUCAGCGCCCUGCAGCGCCUGGUGGAGCAACUCAAGCUGGAGGCCGGCGUGGAGCGGAUCAAGGUCUCCCAGGCAGCCGCAGAACUUCAGCAGUACUGCAUACAGAAUGCCUGCAAGGAUGCCCUGCUGGUGGGCGUUCCCGCAGGAAGCAACCCCUUCCGGGAACCCAGGUCCUGUGCUUUAUUUUAAAUAGAAAAGAAGUUCGCUGAGGAAUGCCUUCAAGUACAAAGUGACGAAUGCCUCCAAGUCUCAAGAAAACACUUUUCUCUAGCCAAAUGACUAUUAGAUCUAUUUCACAUCUUUUCUGUGGCCUGGUUGUAUAGGCAGAUUUACACAGAAAUGAACGAUUUUCUACUCAACUAAGGUAACUGAGUGAAGGAGUACAGUUCUAAAUAAUAAUGACCUAGUUCUUUUGCUGAAGUGAUUUUGUAUUAAGACAGCCACCCUAGCCACCAAGUAUACCAAAAUACACCUCUUUCAUAAGAAUUUCUGGUUUUGCUAUAUCUGGACUAUUAUGUAUGUUUUAUUUACUGGAUGUUUACAUUUAGGAAGGAAAACAUUUUUGUUUAUUAAAACAAUUGAGUAUU